AUGUUGCUCGGUAAUGGUUUUAAACUUAGCAAUUUAGAAGUACCUUAUAAGGUUGAAAGUCUUGUGACGUCUAUUGGAAACAGAUGUUUGGUGGGAGAUUUAAAAAUUCAUCUUGUCGACGCCACGUUUCGUUUAAUGAAAAUGAAAAUUCUUGCUUCGUCAGCAUUGUUUGGAAUUUUAUUGAGCAUCAAGAGGGUAAUCGAAAGAAAGUGCUUUCGAAUCAAAAAGGAAUUUGAAAAUGAAAUGAACUUUCUUCAAUUGAGGGAAUUAAAUUCUCCAUCAAAAUUAUUUAUCACAAAAACUGUUAUCUUGGUGUUAAAAUCACAAAACUUAAUCAAUUAG